AACACAUUUGCAAGACUUUUGGAAGAAGAGAUGGAUGAUGAUAAUGAUAUUUUUUUAUUAAUUACUGUAAUAUAAUAAUAAAUACAACAAACAGAGGUUCUCAUUUCACACUUGUUAUUAACUUCAUCAGUCGCUACUCUACUGUCACCAACACAAUACGAUUCUAGGGUUUCCAUAUACAGGUCAUUCUUUAUUUUGGUUGAGAGAAGGUGAGAUUAAUAUAAUCUUCAUAAAGAAGUGAGAGUAUGAGUGAUCGACGUAGAAGAUCUGCAGCUUCAUGGGACAAAAAAGAAGGGAAAGUGUCUUCUUCAGAGAUGCAUUCAAAUGUUGCUUGGGUUGGUUCACCUAAAUGGUCAAACUCAGAAGUCAAUGAUGGCAUGGGGAGGCAAUCUUGGGAUCCUCCGCUAGAAAAAAGAACCGGGCCCAAGGAUGAUGCCAUCAACAGAGACAGACGUAGGAUGCAGACAGAUCAGACCUUUGAUGAAUGGGAAAAACCAUAUAGCACUCACCCAUCAGAUAAUACCUUUGCCCCACCCUACAGGGCCGGCGACAGACAAGUAGGUGGUAAAGCACGCAUGAGCACAGACCAUGACCGAGACCAUGAUCGAGUUCGAGAACAAUUAAGGAGUCCAUACCGUAGCAGGAGCCGAAGCAGAGGCCGAGCUAUGGGUCUGACUAGAAGCAGGAGCAGGAGUAGAGACAGAGAAUGGGAAAGUACAAGAUCCGGAACUAGAAGCCCAUUCUAUAAUGAUAGACAUGAAUCUAAUCAGUAUGCUAGUGUAAGAAAUCGGAGUCAUAGGCCAGAUCACACAAGUGGCUCAAGAGUUGAUUAUCAUAGAGAUGAUAGAAAUCAUUAUGAUGAUCAAAACCGCAGGCGUCAAUCGAAUCGAAAUACUAGAAUUCCGUGUAGGUUCUUUGCUGCUGGUAAAUGCAACCGUGAUGACUGUAAGUUUUCUCAUGAUAUUCCAGAGUCCAGGUGUAAUGAUGGAAGGUCACAUAACAAUGUUCGGGAUCGCAAUAUUGGCAACAAAAACAGGGAAUGGCAUGAACAGCUGCCACAUGAGGACAUAAAUCCAUCAGAUAAGUCCAGUUUUGGUGAGAAGGGGACGUGGGAUGCUCCUUUAUGGGAUGAUGUGGAACCACGAAGUUUUAAUGAAAGGUCACGUGAUGAUAUUCAUAAUCAUACAUCACAGGACAAGAAUAGAAGGGAUGAUAUAGAUGUUUCAGUUUUCCCAGAUGGUGGGAAAUCCGACCCUAAGUUGGAUAACAAGAAAAGAUUGCGGAAUAAUAUGGAAACUCGGGGUUUAAAUGAAAGGUUACAGGAUAUCCCUGAUCAUACUUCACAUGACAAGUACAGAACAUGGGACGAUGUAGAUGCAUCAGGUUUCCCAGAUGGUAGGAGAUCAAACCCUAUUUUAGAUAAUAAGAAAAGAUCGUGGAAUGAUGUGGAACCACGAAGUCUUAAUAAAAGAUCACGUGAUAUACAAGAUCAUACUUCACAUUACAAGAACAGAACAUGGGAUGAUGUAGAUGCAUCUAACUUUCCAGAUGUUGCGAAGUCCAGAUCUAAUUUUAUUAAUAAGAAAAGGUCGUGGAUUGAUGCGGAUCCACAGGGUUUAAAUGAAAGGUCUCACGGCAUUCGUGAUCACACUUCACUUGACACACACAAAAAUUGGGAUAAUAAAGAUACAUCAGUUAUCCCGGAUCUUGGGAAUUCCAACUGUAAUCUAGAUAACAAGAAAAGGUCCUCGGAUGGUCUUUCAUGGGACGAUGUAAGUAAAUCAGGUUUAUCUAGCGCUUCAAAGGCCUACUAUAAUUCCGAAGACAGCAAGAAGUCAUGGAAUGAUUCAAAAUCUGAAAAUAGAAUAGAUGGGGAAAUAAAGAAAUGGGAUGGCCCGUUAUGGGAUGAGGUUAGUGAGCCAGGUUACUCUGAAGUUGCAAAAUCUGGUUGGGAAAAUACGACUUCUUCGGUGAUGCUCCAAGCUGAUGAUAACAUUAGGAAGUGGGAUGAUCAAGCAUUGAAUGACGUGGGUGCUGAAAAAAGUGAGAACCUUGUAAAUCAAUGGACAAGUGUUGGGAAUGUGGUCAAUGAUACCGAUUUGAACAAUCCGAAUAUAGUCUCGAAAGAUGUCAACCAACAAGUUGUUGCUUCUGGAAAAGACUCUAUUCAGAUUAUUCAAUAUAUGAAUUCUCAGUCUCUUUCAUCUUUCAAUAGAACUGAAAAUGCCUUCAAUGGACCUAAAAGUCAGAUGAGUGGCCAGGGUGAAGGUAUGGAUUCAUAUAAGCAGACAUCAAAUCAAAUCAAAGAAAGUGCCCAACAACUGAAGCCUUCGGAAGUCGAUGCUCCACAAUUAAUAAAUGCUGUCAAUGACACUAGUUUGACUAAUCAAUUGGCUCAUGUAAAUGGGCUUCCUACUGCAUUGCCUGAAAUGUCUAAGAAAGGACAAGUUCCAGAAUUAUAUACCCAGCUAAAUCUCUCGAGUGCCAUAGAGUACCUUAAAUCUCUUCCCCAUUCUGCAUACAACCAAGAUACACAGCAAAAUUCAGCAACGGGUCUGGAAGUCAAUACUUGUGUACCCAUUGGGACCUUAUCUGCUUCAGUUGCACAGGAGAACCAAAAUAUUCCUCCAAUAUCUACCGGUGGUGAAAUUGGUGUUGCGGAGAAGGAAUCGGCUGGAAUUCCAGAAGGAAUUGACAACAGAGUAGCUGAAAUCGAAAAUGCUAAGCAACAACAAGAAAGUAUUAAUCCUGGAAAAGUAGAAGAGGGUGAUAUUAGCAACGAUGAAAAGGCUAUGCGACUAUUUAAAGUCGCACUUGUGGAAUUUGUUAAGGAGUUGUUGAAGCCAAAAUGGAAGGAAGGUAAAAUGAGCAGAGAUGUUCAUAAAACUGUUGUGAAGAAAGUGGUUGAUAAAGUUACAACUACUAUUCAAGGGAACCAGGUCCCUAGAACACAAGCAAAGAUUGAGCAAUAUCUCGCAUAUUCUAAACCCAAAAUUACUAAGCUUGUGGAGGCAUAUGUGGAAAGGCUUCUAAAAGAAUAGCUGGAAAUGCAUAAGAAAGUCGACUUUUUGGAACAUAAAUGCUGGAAGUUGUUUUAUAGGCAUAGCUUGACAAAUUACAUUAGGUGUAUGUUGGGUAAUCGACUAAACGUGGGAAGUUUUUCUGUGGUUGUUAGAACCUUUAUUUGCAUUUGCGUUGUGAUUUGCCUUUAACUUGAUAAGCAGGCUAUCUUUUUUUUUUUUUUUUUUGAAGUUUGAAAACAUGAGUUGAAGCUCUGAGAUGUUUGCAGGUUCUUUUGAUGACAUGUUUUAAGAGGUUAUUUACAUCUGGUUAUGUUUUA